AUGGCCGCGCCGCCGCGGCGAGGUCGAGCUAUGUCACGUCUUUGGGCGAACGACGCCGAGUUGGCCAAGAAGGACGACGACCACCUCGUCAAGAAUGGCCGCCAAUCGAGUCAGUGGCAGGCCUCCACACGGCUUCCACGCAGGCGUAUCAUCAUGCGACUAGCUGCAUAUGCCUUUGUCUUGUUCAUUGCCAUAUUUAUACUCCUUCGACUCUUCCGUCCACCAGAUACCGGCGCAGGCCGAUACACCGGCAGCGAUCGGUCCAUGUACAAUUCAUUGUCGCAACAAAGGUCGAACCAAGUUGGUGGUAGCGGCAAAGGAAGCGCCACAAAAGAGACAGCUAGGACAUAUACUGGUCCUGUCAAGUUUCCAGCAUUGGGACAGUCGCUCCAAGCUAUUAGCGCUACGGGUGGGAAGCAACCGAGGAAUCGCAAUGUAUUGUUUGCGACGGCGAGCCUGAAGAGCGCAAAUUCACUGAUUCCCUUGGCCUGUAAGAUGAGCAGGGAGCGUCAGAAUUAUGUUCAUUUUGCUUUCAUUGGGAGAAGUGAGAUUUCUUUGCCGGAUCUCCUCAAGAUUAAUGGGGAGGACGAGACUUGCCAGAUGAUUAUGCACGGCACGUCGACUGAAGCACGAAUGAUGGUUUCAACAAUUCGAGCUCUCCACCACAUUCAUGCAUUUAUGCAUCCCCAGGCCGUAUUGAUCGAUUCAACUGAUGCCGAGGAAGAGUAUUUUGUUCUUGGUACCAGGGAUCAGAUUCAAGCUAUGGAUAGAGCUGCUUUGAUCGAGCUACCGGACCCUUCCAACACGCAGUUCUCUUGGAUAACAAAGCUGGAUUCGUCCUCAUUGGCAGCGUGGGACAAAAUUGAAAUCGAUAUUUUGAUCCAGGCACCUGCCCGUGGCGCUGCCAAUCUUGGAAGAUUGCUACGAUCGCUUUCUAAAGCUGAUCUGAGUGCAAUGGCUAUCCCUCAUAUUACCAUAGAGCUUCCCCAUGCCGUUGAUGCUCAAAUCGACAAGACCAUAGCCGAUUUUGAGUGGCCGACGGCCUAUCUCGCCUCUGGAAGCCCUGCGCGCAUGGUUUCUCUACGCCGUCGGAUUCCCCGCGAGAAGCUCACGGAAGAGGAGAGCUCGCUGCGUUUUCUGGAGUCGUAUUGGCCCAGAAACCCUUCAAUGUCUCACAUCCUUGUUCUGUCACCUCACACAGAGCUCCAUCCUCAAUUUUUCCAUUAUCUGAAAUACACUCUCUUGCACCACAGGUUUUCCAAUGCUGCUAUGCUUCAGGACUGGAAUUCCCAUGUGAUGAGCUAUGGCUUCUCAUCACCCAAGACUCUGCUGGACAUGUCAGAGCCUCUGGAAGUGCCCGGACGAGAAGCUUCCGAGAAAGAAGGCGGUGCCUUUGUUUGGCAGGGCCCGAACAGUGAUGCAACUGUGUUCGCUGGUAACAAAUGGAUAGAGCUUCACAGUUUCAUUUCACGUGGGAUGGAGAUGCAGGACUCUGAUUCUUCGGUGACGUGGCCGCGCAAAGAAACCAGCAAGAAGCACCCGGCCUGGCUAGAAUACGCUCUGCAGCUUUCUCGCUUGAGAGGAUACUACACUAUCUACCCUGGUAGCGACACAGCGGAAGUCAUAUUGGGUAUUCACGAUGAUAUCCCUGACGUGCCUGAAGAGUAUAGCGAGGAUUCAGAAGCGCAGAAGGAUGCCAAGGGCGACAGUGCCAAAGACCAAGCAACGAGUUUGUUUGAUGCGGAUUCAAAAGUCAGCGUCUUGUCGACUCUAUCCGGGGAGGGCGGCUUGCCCUCAUUAUUAAACUUGCCCAUACUCUCGUGGGAUGGGAGGGAAAUAUCACCAGAAAUCCUGGAGAGGGACGCCCGUGAGUAUGCGGCGAAAUUCCGCCGCGAGGUGGGACAGUGUGGUGACACUACGAUACCCAAGGGGCCCGAUAAGUACGCUCGGGAUUUAUUCUGUACGCCCAAGGAGGAAGAUGUGUAA